UUCUCAGCACGGGGAGUGCGACUGAUCGACUUUGGUCUCUCCAUCGACCGGCGGCUGUACGAGGAGGGCACGACCUUCGUGGGGAGGAGCGGGACAAGCAGCUUCGAGUGCGCGGAGAUGAAGGAAGGACGAGCAUGGACGGAGCAGGGAGACUUACACGCGCUGUGCGGGGUGAUCCAUGCUCUGCUACACAACGAGUACAUGGAGGUGGAGGCAAAGGCAGAGGAGGGGCAGCGUCUGGUCCGGAUGCCGAGGAUGGGCUUCAAGAGGUACUGGCAGGUGAGCAUGUGGACGGAGUUCUUCUCGUCGUUGCUCAACGUGGGAAGCUGCGAGCAAGUGCCGGACAAGAGGACGAGGAGGGAGGAGCUCGAGGGAUAUUUCGAGAGGAACGAGAGCAAGAGGAGCGCUGUUAGGAUGGCUCUUAUCAAGCAGGAGCUCCUCCUCCACCAGCCUCAAUGA